UUAAUAAUAAUAAUAGUCUUCCUUCCUUUGAGAAAGCAAAGUUGACUUUGUUGAAGGUGUAUUGCUUCAAAACGUAUAUCGACAAGUAUCUUUGCUGGCACUUAUUCCUGCCUUUGAUGUUCAUGGGAUGCGCUAGUCCUUUUUGUUGCCUGGAAUGUGGGACAUAGAGCUCUGUCUCUGUCUAUCUAUAUAUCUGUGUGUUUGCCAGGGGGGUCCGGUGGUGAAGGUGAAGAUCCCGAAGGACCGGGAGGGGAAAGGGAAGCCGUUUGCCUUUGUGAACUUCAAGCACGAGGAGUCCGUCCCGUACGGCAUGAGCCUCCUCAACGGGAUCAAGCUCUUCGGGAGGCCCCUCAACAUACAGUUUCGAUCAGGAAGCAGCCAUGCAUCUCAGGACAACGGCACCCCCUUUGCCCCUCCCAACGGAGGCCUCUCUGCCACGCAGCACCAACAACAAGCGCCAGCCACAAACACCAACAACUGGUACGAGAGGAGCGCAGAGAACUUUUCGGCUUCUUCGUCAUCGUCGUUGGUGCCGCGGUCCUUCUCCUCCUUUUCCCCGGAAAACCUCCAGAGACAAGCAAUGCUGGUGAGCAGCAGUGGCGCGUGGCAGCAGCAGCAGGCCUGCUCUCCGCAUGCGGACGUGAGCUUCCCCUUCCCGCCGUGCCGUCCCUCUCCGUGGCGCCACGAGGCGUCCGCUCCGCUGCAGCGCAAGGCCCGCGCGGUCUCCCACCCCUACCCGGCCGAGGGGCGGCACUACGGCCGCGAGCAGCAGCCCAUGGCCAUGGGGCAGCGGGGCGGCGACCACUUCCACUCCCGCAGCGGGUGGAGCCAUGAUUACGACCCCCACUCCCACUCCCGCAGGGAGGGCAAGUGGCAGCGGCCCUCCCGACACUGAGGCGUGCGCGCACGAGCCGCACGGCACCCCCCUUUCCCUUUCCCUUUCCCUUCUUUUGCAACCACUUCGCAAUACGCUCCCCACACGGCGGGUGAUGUGGACCAAGGAGGAGGGGAGCUGGGAGAGAUCCUUUUUAUAAAAUGUGUGGGUUUUUUACAGAAUAAUAAUUCACCUCCAGUGUAUAUUUUGACAGAAGCGGGUUCCUUUUCGAUGGGACAAUGAGGCGGUUCUUCUCUCUCUCUCUCUCUCUCCCUUCUGGAUUUCUUUUUACUAUAGCGGAGCCGUUGUAGGCAGUGAUUCCACCAGUUGCCCUGUGGCUUCUAAACAGAAGACAUCCAUAUAUAUAGAUCUAGAUCUAGAUCUGGAGGUGAUUGGAUGGAUCAAUAGAUUGGAUGGAUAGACAGAUCUCUCUCCAAUCUCUACCUCUCUCUUCAAUAUGGAGAGAGAGAGAGGUGGAGACAGAGAGAUAGAUGGAUGGAUCUGGAGGUGAUUGGAGAGAGAGAGAAGUUCUCUCCAAUCUCUCAAUCUUCAGUAUGGAGAUAUAUAUCUGUGAUGGAUCUGGAGGUGAUCGGAGAGAUAGAUUGAUUUAUCUCUAAUAUCUAUCUCAUCUCUUCAUUAUGGAUAUAUAUGGAGGUUAUUGGAUAGAUAGAUUUCUAAUACCUAUCUAUGUAUUCAAUUUGGAUGGAUGGAUGUGUGUAUGGACGUGGAGGUGAUUGGAAAGACAGAUCUCUCUCUCUCCAAUACCUAUCUACCGAUUCCUGUCAAUAUUUAUCCGUCUAUCCAUAUCUGUCUCCCUUCUCUCCAAUCACUUCCGGUCUGUCAUUUUGAGAAAACCAGCCCCAUUUCCGCUUUAUUGUCCAUUUUGAGGGGAAAAGGGGGGAAGGGAAAACGGCCGCCAUGUAUUUUAUGAUUCGAGAGAAGAGGAAUAAAAGGCGAUGCAGCGUUUUGGUUGCGUUUUACAGAAAUCCACGAAGGCGGACACUAUUUUUCUAGGCCCGGAAUGCUUUUUGGGAUCCUUGUUGAAAGACCGUUCAGAGGUGGAAGGCUUUAUACUGAAAUGUGCUCGUUGUUAUUGUUUUCUCGUGGAUUUUUAAAAAAGAAAUCUAAAGCCAGCAGUAUCAGAACGACUUUUUAUUUUUUCCCCCCGGAACCAGGAAAGUGAUUAAAAAACUUCUCAGGAAACCAUCGUGUUUGUAUGUAUAUAUAUAUACUUGUGUGUGUUUUUAUAACGCGUUUUUAGAAAUCUAAAGCAAAGCAAGUAUUAAUAACCAAAAUCGAUCGAAUCGCUACAGAAAACAAUUUCAAAAUGAAAACAUUUGAUUUCUGACUUAAAUAUGGAAAAAGCAAAAAUCGAUGAAUGUCCUUAUAAGUAUUAGUCCGAAUGGUAUUAUUCCGGAAAGUUAUAUUCAAGAUGCUGUUUGGAAAUAAAAGGACUGAUAUUGAUAAAAUAAGGAUAAGUUUUCAGGUGGGAGAGAGAAAAAAAAAACCCAUUCCUUUAAUUUGUGUACAUACUUCUCCCUAUAUUUUCGCAGGAAUAAACAUCUUUUCAAACUUUG